UAAAAGCUAUUAUUGUAUGCCCCAUGUAGUGCACCUAUAGAGGGAGUAAGAGCUCGUUUGGGAUUCGGUCUAUGAGGAAAGACUGUCCUCUAACCCGGAAGUGUAUUCAACCUGUCUUGUGCACAUGGAAGGGAUUGAAUAUGCAGUACAGCUAAACAUCACUACUGGACUGUAAUGAAGAGAUCAUCUUGAAGCAUUGCAGUUAUUCCUAUGGAACAUUUGUUUUCUUGAAGUAUGUCAGAAAUCACUCUGAACUUAAACUUCAGUAGCCCUGACAAUAAUGAGCAAAAGAAAAGCGAGCGGAAAUGCCAGACACAAACAUUUUGUUAGGAGGAGGCGCUACCUGGAGCGUAGGGGUUUUCUGAAUAAAAAGCAAAACACCAAUGAGAGUCAAAAAGGAGAAUACAAAAAACAGAACUUGCAUCGGAAAACAAAGGACCAUUCACAAGGGGUUGUUGUUUUCCCCAAAUUUACUACUCUACGGCCUGAAUCGUCCACAAAUCCCUCCAAUUCCACAGAAGCCCAUCAUGGAAACCCGGCAACAGUCAAGGAAUUUGCAGUGGGUUCAAAGUCAACAUCUAAAGCACCAUCCAGUUUAGUACUGCACAAUCCACUGAAAUAUGUAGCCCUAGACUGUGAGAUGGUAGGCACUGGGCCUAAAGGUCAUUGCAGUGAGCUGGCACGCUGCAGCAUAGUCUCUUAUUAUGGGGAUGUAAUUUAUGACAAGUUCAUCAAGCCUGUUAAUCCAGUCACAGAUCUUCGCACUCGCUGGAGUGGUGUGAGAUGGCAAGACCUAAAAAAUGCAACACCUUUUAAACAAGCCCAGCGAGAGAUUUUAAAGAUCCUCACAGGGAAAGUGGUCGUGGGUCAUGCUGUCCAGAAUGAUUUCAAGGUUUUGCAUUAUUCUCAUCCUGCCCACCUCAUGCGAGACACCUCAAGAAUUCCAACCUUGAAUCAGAAAGCUGGUCUGCCAGAGAACCAACCUGCCUCUCUGAAGACCCUCUCAAAGGUUCUAUUAAACAGGGAUAUACAGAUGGGAAAGAAGGGCCACUCUUCAGUAGAAGAUGCAAAAGCCACCAUGGAGCUUUAUAAAAUAGUAGCAGUGGAAUGGGAGAGGACUUUGGCUUCAGAAACUGCUUCCUAGAAAGAAAGAAAAACGAUUGCUGAGUGGUGCUAAGUUUUCUACAUAAUUGAAGUUUGGUGUAUUCAAAGUAAAAUGUUAGCCUUUAAACCUAAGCUUUACCUAGUUUUAAUGACAAAAAUACCCUUCCGUUUUAAAGAUUUUUAUGUUUCUUUUUAUGACCCGUUUCAAAUGACUGUUGUUUAUAAGACAUAUUUGUUGGGUAAUCCACACAUUGAACUUGCAAUUUAAAAACAGUAAAAUUCAAUGGUUAGUAAAUAUUCAGUUUGAUUUCAAAUGUA